GAAUCACUAUCUUAACUAAGUCAAACAAGGCAGCGCUAGCUUGAAUUGCUAUAAUCUAUGAAUUCGACUAAAUUAUCUUUUCUUGUUCCUCCUUCCGUUUCAUCAGAAUAUUUCCCUUUUAAUCAGUUUAAAAAUGACAACAUCUUUUUAAACAAAUAUUCCUUUUGAUCACUUGCAAAUACAGUAGGAUGGAAGAGAUUGAGAAAUCUCAGUUGCCUGUCAACGAUGAUGUUGUUUACGAAGUAUAUACCUCGUCUGAGUUCAAGAAUUACAUGGGAGAACCACUAUCCUGUUCAGAAGAACGUUCUAAUUUCCAUUUGAUGGUUUUCUGGAGCAACAAUGAAACUGAAUCUAACUUUCCCCAUAAUCUUAUAGAAACAUCUGUAAAGCAAAAGAUUAAAGCAGCACUUCAGAGAAUAGAAACAUCCCAAGUAAUUCUACUACAGUUUUGGGGGCUGGAAAAGAUUGAAGGUAGACAUUUUCUAACAACUUCAGGACAACCAUUUGGUCUUAGAUAUCUAUAUAAAGGACUAUGUUGGUAUAGGAAGCACUGUCAAGGCUAUAAAUAUAGUGUUAAUAAUAAGGGUGAAAGUGGUGAACAAGGAACAGAAAAAGCUCAUCUUUUUGGUCCGCCUGCACGAGUUUUCCAGGAAAAAUUGCCAGAAUCAAGUACUCAUGUUGGAUAUUACACGAACGAAGAGUUUCCAAUGAGGGAUCAUGCUGUCCGGUGUGGUGUCCGGACUUAUUUGGCUUUGCCUGUGUUUGAACCUAUUGGGAAGAAUUGUGUUGGUGUGAUUGAGCUUGUUACAGUUUGGAAAGGUGGCUACUUGACUUAUGAAGUUGAAAAAGUACUAAACGCACUUGAGGGAGUAGAUCUCAAAUGUCCUAAAUUAUAUCUCCAAAAAGCUAGAAAAGUACAAGCAGGGAAACAAAGUGAAAGAGGGGAAAUCAAAAGGAUGUUAAAAAUAGUGCGUGAAACACACAAGUUGCCAUUCGUUCGGGUUUGGAUUCCGUGUAAGAAUCUGGAAAUGGACCACAAUGGCAUGUAUAGGGGCUGCACUGAGCAUGUCAUUUCUGCUAGUAAUGAAGUGUACUAUGUUGCAGAUGAGGAAAUGGAUGCUAAUGACCAUGUUUAUGACGAUUAUUAUUACGACGAUAUGCUAUGUUUCCGGGACAUUUCUAAGUUACAACCUUUGCAAAAAGAUCAGGGGGUUGUUGGGAAAGCAUUUUUUUCUGACGAGUUAUGCUAUUGCGAAAACAUAACUGAAUUCAGCAUAAUUGAGUAUCCAUUGGUACAUUAUGCGCGCUGGUGUGGAUUGACUAGUUCUUUUGCUAUUUGUUUGAAGAAUGGCGAUGAAGCCUACAUACUGGAGCUGUUUCUGCCCCCUGAUAACGGAGAUCCAACAAUCUUGCUCGGAUCGAUUUUGUCUACAAUGGGACAACAUUUUCAGAACUUCAAAUUUGCUUCAGGUCAAGAACUAGGACAUGAUUCAAGUGUUCAAGUUAUUAAAGUUUCUUCAGAUAAGAAUGUGGAUUAUUUUCAUAUAUGUCAAACUAGAGAAAGUCCGUUUAUGCCUGAAGUGUGCGAUGAGGAGAGGAGGAACUGGCUAAUGGAAGGCAAUGAGAAUCACAUAGAGAAAGAAGCUAUAUCUGAGUGCACGGUUCAAAACUCGGUGGAUAAUGGACAGCAACAAAUUAUGGUUCAGUCUGAUGUCUUAAAUACUGAUAUACAAGUUAUUUCAGAGAAGCAAUGUGUCAGUGUUACUCAUUUGCAGAAAGAAAGCAGAACAAGAACUAAAGACUCUGUAAACUAUGAUGAUCUCAAACAACAUUUUAACAAAAACCUCUCUGAUGCAGCUGAAAGCCUUCAGGUUAGUCGGUCUACACUGAAGCGAUUAUGCAGAAAAUAUGGUAUUCGAAGGUGGCCAUCAUCAAAACGAAAGAAGACAGUCAAUGAAUCAGAUUGCCAGCCAUUAAAUAUGCUUCCAAAGAAGAAGAAAGCAAUAACUUCAGCAGCUACUUCCACACAUGCAAAUCAUGUGAAUAGCAGCAGCAGUAUUACAGUGAAGGCAACAUAUGGAGAAGAUAUGAUGAAGUUUAAGCUAUACUCAUCCUCAAGAAAAGAUGAUUUGGACAGGGAAUUGGCUAAAAGAUUGCAACUACCAAUUGGAAAAUUCAGAAUAAAAUACAUGGAUGAAGAUAAUGAUUAUAUAUGGAUUGCUUGUGAUGAUGAUUUGAGUGAUUGUUUUAAUAAUGCUCAAUCAUUAGGGAAUAAUACAAUCAAGAUGUUGGUUUUACCAGCAGCCAUCACUUAUUCUCUUGAAUUGUAAACUUUGUCAUUAUUAUCAAAAUUUAGUUAUUCUUUA